CAGCCGGASCUAAACACCAUGUCCGACCGUGGCAACAGCAUUGAUAAGGCCCGCGCUAGGGCCAARUCUCGUUCGUUACGGGCUGGGGGGCUCUUCCCGGUCGGGCGCCUUCACCGCCUGCUGCGGCGCGGGCACUCCGCGGACCGGGUGGGGGCUGCUGCGGCCCCGUACCUGGCAGCUGUGCUCGAGCACCUGACGGCUGAGAUCCUGGGGCUSGCGGGCAACGCUGCACACGACGAGACGCUUGCCGUGCGCAAUGACGAGGAGCUAAACAAGCUACUUGCCGGUGUUACCAUAGCACAGGACGGCGUCCUGCCCAACAUCCAGGCCGCGCUGCUGCCCAAAGGUGGCGGUGGCACAGGCUGCGCCAAGGCAGGCAAGAAAGGCAGCGGGCAGCAGUCGCAGGAGUACUAGGUCUGCU